AUGCCGGAUGGCGUAGCCUCGUCGUCGCUUGCCACUCCGGUCCCGCGGCGCAGCAUUGUCUUCCCAGACCCUGUUGCUUUCAGAUUUCUCGAGGAAGACGCUUGCGUGCAGAUUGUCGAGCACCGGAGCGUCAUGCGCGGAUACGAACUCUACCUCGUCGAGCAGUGGGCGUGCUCGAGAAAAUCGCCUACCCUUGUCAUUGCGACGUAUACCGGGGACGAGACACACUCCAUCACUGUCGGCGUGCUCGCAGUCCCGGAAGACGAGGCCCUCUGGUCCGCCAGGCUGCACAUCUACCUCAAGGCUGCCCAGCAGCAUCACGCUCGGCCCAAGGCGACUGAUCUCGGGGAGCUGCUGGUCACGAACCUAAGCAGCUUUCCCUCCGCCCUCACCGUCAUUCCCGUCCCGGAUGGAGACGUGCGGAAACACCGACAGCUCUUCAUCGUCAACGAGGACUUGAAACGACUGGGGUGCUCGGGCCGCUCGGGCUUGACUCUCACAGACCCGACCGAGGCAACCCAAGCCAAGUUUCAUCAACUCUACAGGACCAGUGACCGGAUCCCGUUUCUCCAGUCCGUCGCGGAGCUCAUCAAGCUGUGCCAAGUCGCCCUCUACAUGUUUGAGAAGCUAGACACCGAGUAUAUCGACGGCCUACUCUGCGAUGUCACCGAGACUGCCAUCGCCGACUGGUGGACCGAAGUCGGAGCCGAACACUACAAUUUCGAGCCCACAGACGGCAUCCUGGGGCCCUCGACCGUGGCCGCUCUUCUGGGGAUGCUCAUGGGGGCAAGAAACAGGCUGCACUGGUACGGGGCCCCGGUGUCAAAGGACGUCUUUGACAUUGAAAACACCAAGCGCGGGGUCGCCUACUUUCAGAAGCAGCAGAAACUGGACAAGACACGACGACUGGACCGCCAGACUCUGUUCAGACUUCAUACCGCCACGGCCAAGGCGGCCUCCGGGGAAGGCUGGGGCGUGCAAAAGGCCGUCAAAUCGACAGUCAGUGAAAUCGGCGGCAAGAGGGGGGAGAUUGUCAUGGACAUGGUCUCUGGCAGGGACAAGGGAGGGCUCGCAGAUAUCGAGACGCUUGACAUUGACAGAUUUGCCAACCUUGCCUACGGUGAGCGGCCCAAGUGGCUCUGGCACGGGAAAGCCCGAAGAACGCAUACCGAGCACGCCGACUAUGAUCAGGAACUCGGAGGCACCGUCUUGAUCAAGCACGAUACUGCCGGCCAGGCGGCCAAGCGCACGCAGUCCUUGCCCCUGGAGGAAGAUCUGGAGACGAGAAAGAAGGAAGAUGGCACCGCCCCAUAUUCGACGUUUCCACCCGGGCCGCCCACCAGCAUAGCGGACAACGCUGGGGACCGGGACGCACUGAGGAGAAACGUGUUCAAGAGUGUGGCUGGGAAAAUGAACGAUGCCCGAUCAGGCCUGGGCAGGAUCAAGGACGCCGUCGGCGGCAGCCGUCGAGGCCACGCAAGCCGCCCGUCAGCUUCUGCAAAGGAGGACUUUUGGGAGAGCGGGAACACGAGCGCUGUUGCGGCAGGCGCUGCACAGGCAUCUGCCUUGGCUUCCAGCCCGGCGGUCGUCUCGAGCGCCUUUCCCUUGAAGAACAUGCCUGAAGAGUACCUGGCUGGCAUUAGACGAGGAGAUGCGGAUGCGUUGCCACGGUCGUCGAAUGACUAUCGCGAUGCAUCAGCCUCGCUUUUGGAUUCGAAAAUAGGCAAGAAGCCGACAGACGAGAGGUCGUCAGACUUGGAGAGCACGCUCGACAACAUUGGGACAGAGAUACGAAAGGACAUGCUGCCUCAAUCAUUGUCGCGAGCUCGACCCAUGACGGACGAAAACGAUCUUCAGGGGCCCUUUCUUGACGCAGAACGCAGGUCGGAGGGAAGGCAGCUGGCGGUGUCUCGACGGCACAGCUGCGGGGUCUCGGAUCUUGCUCACAAGCACGCCAUGAACGAGAAUCGAUGGGCGCGUCGGAUGUCGUUUGGUGAUGCGGAGCCAGCCAUUCUCACGUGGACCGAGAUUGUGGACAUUAUGGAUACGACGGGCGACGUGGACCUUUACGGGGCUAGGGCGGACGGAGCCGAGCAUCUCGGGCGGCUCAUCGACGGCAUUAUGCACGACGCCAAGCCCUGGGUGGAAGAAAAGAUGAAGAUGGUGGAGCUGCUCAACGAGCGCUACGUCCGCCACAGCUCGGAACUGCAGAACCUUUACCAGCAGCUAAACGAGGCGUGCCAGCGAGUGAGGCACAACUCGGAUGAGCUGCUGGCUGUGGAGCGCGGCAGCCUCGGCGAGAGCAUCAAGGAGAUCGAGGUUCUCUUUGCGCGGCUCGAGUACGAGAUCGACAGCCUCGUGCAAAAGGUGCACGAUGUGGAGGACGGGAUUCAGAACUUUGAAAGGCAGGUGGACGGCGUGGAGAAGCGGGCCGAGCAGCUCAAGCUGCAGCUGGAGACGGAGAGCUGGCUGCACUGGUUUGUGAGGACGUUGACGGGCGUGGGGACGGGUCCCAACAUUACGCGUGAGACGGGAUGA